GCGAUGGCGCGGGCCGUGCGGGUGCUGGUGGACAUGGACGGCGUGCUGGCCGACUUCGAGGGCGCCCUCCUGCGGGGCUUCCGCCGCCGCUUCCCGGCCGAGCCACACGUGCCGCUGGAGGAGCGCCGCGGCUUCCUGGCCCGGGAGCAGUACCGGGGCCUGCGGCCUGACCUGGCGGAUAAAGUGGCCAGUGUGUAUGAAACCCCAGGCUUUUUCCUGGACUUGGAGCCCAUCCCUGGAGCACUGGAAGCCAUGCAGGAGAUGAAAGACAUGAAAGACACGGAAGUCUUCAUCUGCACCAGCCCCAUCCUGAAGUACCAGCACUGUGUAGUUGAGAAGUACCACUGGGUGGAGAAAUACCUGGGAUCUGAGUUUGUGGAACGCAUCAUUCUCACAAGGGACAAGACGGUGGUGUUGGGGGACCUGCUCAUUGAUGAUAAGGACACCAUUCAAGGCCAAGAGGACACCCCAAGCUGGGAGCACAUCUUGUUCACCUGCUGUCACAAUCGGCACCUGACCCUGCCCCCCACGAAGAGACGGCUGCUCUCCUGGAGUGAUGGUUGGAGGCAGAUCAUAGACAGCAAGCGCGAAGGCCUAGGGCUUCUGCCGAAGUAUGCCAAGGGACCUCGCCAGUGGACAGUGGCUGAGGGACAGGAAGACAGGCCUGGGGGGAGUCCCAGCAGCAUGGAGUGA